GAAAAUUUAUCAAAAAAACAUGAUUAAUCGAAUGGCGACUAUUUCAACACAAUCAUCGUCUUUGUUGUUAUUGUUUAUGUUAUCAUCAUCAUUACAAAAUAUAUUUUACUAUCAAUUUUAAUUUUACCAAAUGGUAUUGAAUCAAUUGAUGUAAUGAGCAUAAUUAAAGCAUGGAUUGAACUCAGAUCGUUUGCAUCGAAACAUGUAAACAAUACGAAACCAAUUAGUAUAUAUAAACAAUUACAAUUAUAUCCAUAUAAACCUGUAUAUGGUUUACCCGAUAAUGAUUGUCAACAGCCAGCAUUUCGUGCUGAAUUUGAUCGUUGUGAAGAAGAACAAAGAAAACGUUGGCGUAUCACUGUCGAUGAUUAUUAUAUGUCAACAUCAGAUUUUUGUUGUUUUGUUUGGUCACAAUUGAAAUGUGAAUUAUAUAUAGUUGAAAGAUGUACGAAAAAAAAAUCCCAUUAUGGUAAUAAUUUAAUGAAUGCAACUAAAAAAAUGUUUGGCGAUUUUUGUAAACCAAUCAAAUAUGAUGAUAUUUAUUGUUUUGCAACCAAACAAACAUGGAUACUUGCAUUGGCUGCCAUUGUUAUAUUGGCUAUUGUUGCCUAUUUAACACCAAUGGGACCAAUUACAUUGUUUUGUACUGGUCUAUUUUUCUAUAAUAUUGGUGCACAAUAUUAUAAUACAUUUUUCAAUGAAAAAUAUUGGGAACCACAUCCAGAUUCAGAUGGUCUAAUAUUUGAAAUGAUUAAUGUUGGUAAGAAAAUUAUUUAUCCAGAACAAUAGUAGUGGUA